AUGCCCUACAGCGGGCAGGAAGCAGCGGAGGAGGCCUUGCAGGAGGCCCGCAAUCGCCAGGACCAGGUCAUGGAAGCCGCCGCGCUCCAGACGCUUGUGGCCGUCCAUCUCGCCCAGAAAGCAGUGCCUGCGGCCGUUCGUUAUGCCCAGGAGGCAGCUGUGGCUUUGGAAGCGCUGGAGGAUCGCGUGGCCGAGGCAGGAGCUUGGCACCUGGCGGCGCAGCUCCACAUGAGCAAGGACGCCUUGAACGCCUCGGAAGCCCUGCGCUGUGCUCAGGCAGCACGGGCGGCGCAUAAAGGCUGCGAAGUAAGUGCAAACGAAGAGGCCACCGUCCUGCAGACGCUUUCCGCCGCCCACUUGGCCAACGGCGAGGCCGCCAAGGCGCUGGAGGUGGCCAGCGCAGGUCGCGAGCUCUGCAAGCAGGCGCUGCUGCGCUGCUUCGCUUUUGCCAUUCGUGGCCAACAGAAUCUGCACAAGAACUUCGCUUGCUCCCGCCGUGCAGACUUCUUACGAAGAGUUCUUUCCUCUGAACAAAGAAGCCGCGGAUUCGUCUGA